AAAUUGCAAUGACAGUGAUCUAAAAAUAAGGUCGCCGGCGACGCGGCUCCGAGCGCGCCUUCACGCAGUCGAGAUCUGACCGUCGCGAGUUUCAGUCGAACGAAAGUAAAACAAAGUUGCAGCCAUGGUGUACGAGAGUGACUUCUACACGACCCGCCGCCCCUACACGCGGACCAGUUACAGCGUGACGCCGCUGUCGUCGCUCUACUACCUGAGCUCGCUCAUGCCGUACUAUCACCUGCCCUACGUCUCGUACGUGCCCAGAUUAUGGGAGGACGAGCUGGUAUACCGGCCAGCGACUCGCACAGUCACUCGACUCGUCACAUACCCGGAGGCUCCCCAUCACAUCGUGCGAGUGCGCGUGCGCCCGUCCGUAGUGCUCCGUGAGCUGGACCGCAUCGCGUACCGCCGACGCCCCCACCUGGCCGUGUCUGCCGUCGACGACUUCUUCAGAUCUGAGACCACUAAGGCCUUCGAAGAUGAAAGCCGUCGCAUCCGCGCAGACACCGCCGCCCUCCUGUCGCGCGCUCGUUCCGUCGUGCCCCGCGCCAAGACCCUAGCUCCCCUCGAUACAAUAUACUCAAGCUACUAUCACUCGGACCCGGUGGCAUAUCCGUACCGCUUCAGCAAUGACGCGUACAUCGCCAAGCUGCUGCUGCCUCUGCGCAGCGUCUCCGACAACAUCCACAACAUCUCUUUCUACAGUGAGCCCGCCAAGAAGUUCACCGGACGCGGUCACCUCGCGUGCGUGCACUACUCCGGUAAAAAGGCCUUCUCCAAUCGAUUGCCUCUCUACAAGGAAAUGAGCAUCAGGGACGACGUAAACCUGCUCUCGUUCUAUGCGAAGAACAGACUCGCGGCCGCCGGCCUGGCCGUCGAGAGCGCCACAGUGAAACUGCUGCCGUGGAGGCCGAGCCGCAAGUUCCAGGCGCCGCAGAUAAUGGAGGACCCGGCGCUGGAGCUGAAGGCGGCGAAGGCCGACCGCGAGGCUCGCUUCCGCGCCACCACGGCCGAGCCGGUACUGGCACCCGCCGCCGACCUGGCCGAGAUCAAGAGGAAGAGGCAAGAGGAAGCGCGCGCCGCUGAAGAAAAGGCCUUGAAGGAAGAAGCUAAGCGCGAAGCAGAACGCAAAGCACAGGCAGAACGCGAAGCAGCUGAAAAGAAGAAAGCCGAGGAAGAAGCUCGCAAGGCUGAGGAGGCUAAGCGUAAGGCCGAAGAGGAAGCCAGGAAAGCCGAAGAAGAGGCCCGCUUAGCAGCUGAGGCGAAGAAAGCCGAAGAGGCUCGCCUAGCAGAGGAAGCCAAGUUGGCAGAAGAGGCACGCCUUGCCGAAGAGGCCAAGAAGGCCGAGGAAGCGAGGCUAGCAGAAGAGGCUCGUUUGGCUGAAGAAGCCAGGCUAGCGGAGGAGGCCAAGCUGGCAGAGGAAGCCAGAUUGGCAGAAGAGGCCAGGCUCGCUGAAGAAGAGAGGCAGGCGGAACAGAGGAGGCAAGAGGAACUCGCGAGGUUAGAAGAACUGGAGAAACAAGCUCAGGAAGAGCGUGAGGCAGAACUUGCCAGACAGGCUGCUGAAUUAGCGGAGAUCGCCAGACAAGAAUCCGAACUGGCUGCUGCUCGCUUAGAGGAGCUGUCGAGGAGCGAAUCGGCCGCCGACAACGUUUUUGAAGACGCCAGUGAAACGCCAGCUGAGGAGCCAGAACCUAUCGUAGAAGAGCCCCAGUCACCCGAAGAGGCGCCCGAGGCUCCCGCAGAGCCCGAGGCCGAGGCAGCAGAAGUCAGCGAGGACGAAAGAGCAGAACCAGAUGUGACCGACGAAGAAUAAAUCAACAAACUCUUUAUCAAUUAAUUCUAGAUGUGCAUUUUCAUACUUGUAAAUUAUUAAAUAGGCUAGGCGUCAUUCGUGAGUUAUUAGUAGAAUAGACAUGAAUGACGUAAUAGUCGGUUAAUGCUCUAGCAUAUAGCUGCGUUCUGCAUCUUGGGUACAAAUGUUAAGUUUUUUAGUUUUACCAUUUUAGGGAGUUUAAUUUUUGUUGUUAUUUUAUUACCGCAGCAUAACUACGAGCAUUUAUGCAUUUUUGUCUAUAGAAUCUUUCUUUUGCGUAAUCAAAUUAUGCGAAAUUGAAAGUGUAGAGAAAAUGUAUUUAAAUCCUUUCCCUUCAUGUGACAACUCACUACCACCGUUUA